UCUCAUCUUAAACAGGACAAACACACAGAAAAACUCCUGGUGAAGCAGCUGAGAUCCACGUCACAGUAUUAUAAAGAUGGCGUUUAUUAAAGAGGAGAGUGAAGACAUGAAGAUUGAAGAAACAUUCAGAGUGAAACAAGAAGAUGAGAAACAAACAAAGACGGGAUUUAUUAAAGAGGAGAGUGAAGACAUGAAGAUUGAAGAAACAUUCAGAGUGAAACUAGAAGAAACUGAGGAACAAACAGAUCCGAUGCCACUGAAAGAGGAGAGUCAAGAACUGAAUGAUGUAAAGGAAGAGAAACAUUAUGAUUUCAUAACUGCAGAACAAUAUUGCUCACAGACUGAAAAGACGUCCUCGCAAAAAAGAUGUCAAAAUACUGGAACUAGAAGUUAUUUCACCUGCUUUCAGUGUGGACAGAGUUUUAGUCAACAUGGAAACCUUAAAGACCACAUGAGAAUUCACAAUGGAGAGAAGCCUUACACAUGUCCUCAGUGUGGAAAAGGUUUCACUAAAAAACAUAACCUUAAAAAUCACAUGCGAAUUCACACUGGAGAGAAGCCUUACACAUGCCCUCAGUGUGGAAAGAGUUUUACUGGAAAAGGAAGUCUUAAAGAACACAUGAGACUUCACACCGGAGAAACCCCUUACACCUGCCAACAGUGUGGAAAAAGUUUUACACAUAAAGCAACAAUUAAAAUCCACAUGAGAGUUCACACUGGAGGGAGCCUUUACACAUGCCCUCAGUGUGGAAAGAGUUUCAGUCAACCUGGAAACCUUAAAGUCCACAUGAGACUUCACACUGGAGAGAAGCCUUUCACCUGCCAACAGUGUGGAAAAGGUUUCUCUGAAAAAGGAAACCUUAAAAAACACAUGAGAGUUCACACUGGAGAAAAACCUUUCACCUGUCAACAGUGUGGAAAGAAUUUUUCACAUAAAGCAACAAUUAAAGUCCACAUGAGAAUUCACACUGGAGAGAAGCCUUAUGUAUGCUCUCAGUGUGGAAAAACAUUUACACAUCAAGGAUCCCUUAAUGCCCACACAAGAAUGCAUGCUGGAGAGAAGUCAUUCACAUGUGAUCAGUGUGGAAAGAGGUUCAGACGUAAAGUAAACCUUGAUUUCCACAUGAGGAUUCACUCAAGAGUGGACUGUUUUAUAUGUCAUCAGUGUGGAAUGAGUUUCACAGACAGCAAUCACCUUAAGAAUCAUGUAAUAACUCACAUUGGAGAGAAGCCUUUCAUGUGUCAUCACUGUGGAAAGACUCGCUCAAACAAAGCAAACCUAAAGACUCACAUGAGAGUUCACACUAGAGAGAGGCCUUACAAGUGUCUUCAAUUUACACAGACCUGAAACGUCAUUAGCGCCAUUCUUCUGGUAAGAAAUGUCAGUGUUCUUCAGUGUGACGAGGUUAAGAAAACUGAUAAUUUUCUAAAGAUCACCUGUGCAUUUACUCUGGAGGGAUGCCACUUAAUUGUGAUCAGUAUAAAAAAUAUAUAUUUUGUCAUCACACUUACCAUAACACCUAAUAAAUCAUUCAGAUGUGA